AUGGUAGCAGACGACCAGCUAGUCCUUCUUAAUGAUUGGAAACUAGCAAUGACCUCUCUUGCUAAAGCUCUAGAUCUAACUGUCUCCUCUCUACAGGGCCGCCCAAGAGACCUGGCCCGGGGGCUUGCAGCCAGAUUUGUUUCCCUAGCAAAACAGGACUCCCCUCAGCAGAUUCCUCUGAUGACAGCAGUUGCACCCCCACAGCCAUCCAGGCAGAUGGAACAGCCAAACCAACCUCCCACUCCUGAGGCUUGCGAAGGCCCCCUGAAGAGGCAAACCUCGCAGCCUACAACCUGGGCAUCCCUGACAGCCCCAAGAGCUGGUCAGGGGAACUGGCAAACUAUUGCCCCAGAACACCGUACGCAAGCCAAGCAACCAGCACAACGAAAGCUGAAGCAGUCAAACAAGACUGACCACCGCAUCUUCCUCCACCUCCCGGCCUCCUCUAGCCUCCGGGCUAUUGGACCACAUGGCAUCUGGGUCACCCUUGCAGGGAAAGUUCCGGACGGGAUCGCACAGGUGCAAGUAAUAUUAACAGGAUAUGCAAUUACUACAACUGAACAAGGCAAGGUCUUCUUACUGUCAGAGAAGGCUCUAUUCAGUCCCCCGACCCGAUGGACUGCCAGACCCAGGACUCUAACAUAUGUACAAAGGGAUCUCCCAGCCCAUUCCCUCCCGGAACCAAUCUUACCAGACAUCACCACAAUCUACACGGCAGGCCUUACUAUCAUCAAUGUCUACUGCCCCCCUAAUAACCUAGUUGCCCCUGCUGGUGCUGGCUCAACACCCUCUAUACUUUCCACACUCCUAGGAUAUGCACCCCCAGAGAACACCAUCCUAGCAGGAGACUUCAAUACCCAGCACCCAUUCUGGCAGCCAGAUACUGAGUCUUAUGCUGUCAUACCUGGCGCAACAGGAUUAUUAGACUGGCUUGAUGCCCAUGAGCUGGAACUUCGCCUUGAGCCAGGCACCCCCACCCGUGGACCAAACACCCUAGACCUUGUCUUCUCUAACCUACCACUAAGGGCCCUAGUAGAAGACCAUCUAAAGACUCCAAGUGACCAUGCAACAAUUGGAAUAAUACUGGAACAAGAAGAGCCCCCGCCUAUAUACAAGCUUGGAUCUACUAACUGGGAGAAAGCCAGAGCCCUGGCAAGCCUGCCUGACCCAACCCUACUAAUUGACCUACUAGCCAAACAACUGCUCCGGAAGGCCAUUGUACGGGCAAAGGCUGAAUACUGGAAGCAGCGAAUUGAACAAGCCACAGCACCUAUAGAUGCAUUCAAACUUGCUAAAUGGAUACAACAUCCAGACCAGCUCGCUGCUUCUCCCCUGAAUAUACAAGGGGCACAGGUUACUACUCCACAGGGCAAGGCAGAUGCCUUCCUUAAUUACCUCUUAGAGAAGGGGGCCCUGCUUCCAAAUCAGACAGAAGAGGGACCCCCAAACAAGCCCCUGGGCUCACUACACCUGCCAACAAAAGAGCACUGCUGGGCUGCUCUCUGUGCCCCACCCCUGUCUGCCCCCAGGGAGGACAGACUUGCCACCACUGCUUGGAGGGAGCUCUGGCCCGUACUAGGGGAUAUAAUCACACAACUGUACUACAGGUAUGUGAAAGGGGUAUUUGACGCUGUAAUACACCAACGGCUCCUUUCUCACUUACACCUGCAAGGAUGGUAUAAAGGCUUACUCCAGCUACUUAAGGACUGGCUUACUGGCUGCUCUGUAUCUGUUCAUAUCAAAGAAGGCACUGCCACAGCACCAAUUAAAGGCAGACUCCCCCAGGGAUCCCCCCUAUCCCCAAUACUCUUCCUGCUAUAUGCGGCAAGAAUAGUCUCUACCUUAGAGGGCUCCUUCUGCUAUGCAGAUGAUAUGGGUAUAUUAUUAACUGGGAAUACCCUGGAAGAGAGCUUACAACAACUGGUAGAGGCCUACAAGCAAAUUACUGCUCUAGGGACAGAGACAGGCCUCCCUUUCUCAAUAGAGAAAACAGAGAUACAAUACUUCUCUAGAAAGCAGCAGCAGCAUCUCCCUACAGUUACUCUACCUGGAGUUCUUCUGGAUACAAAGCUUACUUUUAAAGCCCACAUUAAUUUGGUCUUUAGCCGCGGGAAACGACUCGCCCAGCACCUAAAGAGACUUAGCAAUACCCAGCGCGGCUGCCCAGUGGCCUCCAUGUGGGCAGCAGUUAUACACAGCCCUGGCUAUUACUCCGCAGCCUACAAGACUACCCCUACUGCAGCACUCCUCCGCGAAGCAGACCUACCAGACCCAGAAGCUCUACUCAACAGCAUCCUCUGGAGGGCAGCAAAGCCCCUUCAGGUCCGCUGGAUUCCAGGCCACUCUGGAAUUGCUGGGAAUGAGCUGGCAGACAAGCUCGCUAAGCUAGGGUCUUCUAUAUACAGCCCCGACAUCCCCCCCUCCCCAGCAUACCUACGACGGGAGGCAAAACAGUGGCUCCGUACAGAGACAUAUACAGCAUAUGCUAAUAAGGCGCCUGAAACCUACAAAGCCCUGAAUAUCAGACCCCAUACAAAAGAAAGCCGCUCCCGCGAGCACAAGCUGCCCCGGUGGGUACUUGGCCGACUCGUCGCCGCUUGUACAGGCCACGGAGACUUUACGGCAUACCACCAGCAUUUUGACCACACAGACUACCUGGAGAGCUGCACCUGCGGCAAGGCAAAGACCCCAGUACACUUCUUCUUUUGCCCAUAUACCAGAAAACGCUGGAAGGAUAGAUGGAGAUGUAUAAAGGAUGGCCCGUCAAAAACAAUAGACUGGCUCUUAAGUACAGCUGCCGGGGCUGAGGAAUUCAGCCGCAUCAUGCAAGAAUCAUCCUUUUUCAAGGACAUAUGCCCGAACUGGGCCCGCCGGAGCGCUUGA